AUGGCGGAACUAAAAGAAUCUACAAUUGCCGAUGCAAUUCGUCACACGGAAGAACGCAUUCAAUUGGCGUCGAAGGCUCAGUCGAUUAUAAAAAUCACCGAUGGUCCAAUCUACAGAAGCUCUCAAUCCAAUCUCGUAUCGUUUCAGCCAGUGCAGCCAGCUACCCCAGACCUUCAAGAUGAAGAAGACGAUGAAUCUAAAGCCGAUAUUGCAGAGUGCAGCUUGGCAACGCCAUCGGUAAGAGCUCCGGAUUUUACUGAAAUUCGUGUCAAGGAACAGGAAGAUGUGUCUGGCAGACUCAUUCAGGAACUGGGCCAGUUGUUGAGCGCUGCAAAGAGGACUCCAAAACCAGAUAAAAUGGUAAAGCUGGAAGAAUUACGAGUUGAUUGUAUGGAAGAGCAAGCCAAAGUCACGGCAAGAGCAGUUGCCCGAUCUCGGGUAUUGAUUAGUGCCGCCAAAAAAACCAGAGUGGGCCCCCUCAAGGCUUACAACGGAAUCGACAUCAGAAGAAACCAACUCCCACUCCAAAGGAGCAGAUUGAACUAG